AUGUCCGAUCAACGAUACUACACCCUCGCCGAAGAAGGAUGUCCCUUCGCAAGCAGCAGCACUGCUGUUUUGAUGCGAAAUCGAGAGGGCGCUGGGCUGGGACUCCUACAAGACACCCAACUUAUUGAAACUCUGGCGCAUUUCUCCCACGAAAGAAUCCCAGAGCGUGUCGUUCAUGCCAAAGCUGUUGGCGGCUACGGAGAGUUUGAAGCAACUUCUGACUGCUCGGAUAUCACCUCAGCUAGCUUUCUUAACAAGGCUGGCAAGAAGACUCCGCUGUUGAUGCGUGUUUCUACUGUCGGUCCAGAGGCAGGCUCUGCUGAUACAUCUCGAGAUGUCCAUGGCUGGGCCAUGAAGCUAUACACCGACGAAGGUAACCUGGAUUGGGUUUUUAACAACACGCCGGUUUUCUUCAUUCGGGAUCCCAUCAAAUUUCCUUCCAUGAAUCGCUCUCAUAAGAGACAUCCAAGGACCCAUCUUCCUGACCCAAACAUGUUCUGGGAUUUUCAUGUGGGUAAUCCAGAAGGAAUCCACGAGCUGUUGCAUCUUUUCAGUGAUCGUGGAACCCCAAAAUCCGUGCGAUUCCUGAACUCCUACAGUGGACACACAUACAAAUUCACAAAAGAAGACGGCUCCUUUAAAUAUAUCAAGAUCCACAUCAAAACGCAACAAGGGAUCAAAAAUUUCACCCGAGAGGAGGCCACUAAAAUUGCAGGCGAAAAUCCAGACUACAUGAUUCAGGAUAUGUUCGAGGCUAUUGAGCGAGGAGACUACCCUAAGUGGAACGUUUAUGUCCAGGUCAUGGAUCCAUCUGAGGCGGUCAACUAUAGAUGGAAUAUCUUUGACAUGACCAAAGUCUGGCCGCAUAACGACUUCCCACUUAGACAGAUCGGCCAGAUAACACUGAAUCGCAAUCCUGGCAACUAUUUUGCCGAUAUUGAACAGGCGGCCUUCUCACCAUCAACCAUGGUCCCAGGGCUUGCAGGCUCGGCUGAUCCAGUCCUUCAAGCACGACUAUUUUCCUACCCUGAGGCGGCUCGAUAUCGCUUGGGUGUUAAUUACCAGAUGCUGCCCACGAAUGCCGCCAAAGUACCCGUGUACUGCCCAUUCGAAAGAGAUGGCAAGAUGAGAUUUGAUGACAAUUAUGGUGGGGAUCCAAAUUAUGUCAACUCCACUUUGCAACCAACCAAGUUCUACCCUGAGGUGAAAGGAAUAAGCCCAAAGUCCAUCAGCCUUCACACAGAGCAUGAGAAGUGGGUUGGGGAAGUCACAACUUACACAAGCCACGUUACGGACGAUGAUUUUGUGCAGCCUGCGGCUUUAUGGGAAGUCAUUGGUCGGGAUUCUGGACACCAAGAUCGAACCAUAGGCAAUAUCGCUGCUUCUCUCAAAGGGGUUUGGUCUGCCAAGUUGCGAAAUGACGUUUAUGCGCUGUUUUCCCGUGUCGACCAGGACCUCGGAAAGAGAGUGCAAAAAGCUACAGAGGCACAAAUCAAGAAAUAA